AUUGCUCAAAAAUGCCUCGAAGUCAAAGUGGAAAAAAGCGUGACAAAGUUGAUUCGGAACAAUUGACAAGAGUUGUACAAGAAUGCGUGAAUGAAGGUCUUUACCCUUUUGACGAAAACAUUUUCCAAGACCACGAGUUCUUAGCCAGUUAUGUAACAGACCGUCCGUUAAUUGAGAAAUCUAAUUCCAGUAGUGAUGCAUUACCAUCCGCAAGUGCGGAUGGAUUACCAUCUACAAGUUCAGAUACAUUCUUAGUUUCCUGUACUUCAUCGGAACAAGAUCAGUCAGACAUCACCCCUGAGACGUUGCGCCCAUUCCCUAAAGCACCUAUGCGAAAGAGAACUGGUGGUCGUCCAAAAGGCAAGUCGCGUAUUCUUACGGAUACACCAGAAAAAGAGGAAUUAGAACGAAAACGCGAUUUGAAGACUAUUAAAAAUGUUACCAAAAAUUUAUCAAAGAAAGAUCAGAAAGUUAAAGUCACGGUGAAAAAAAGAGCACUUGAUUCCUCCGAAAGUGAGUCAAUUCCUUCAUUAUCUUCUGGAGAGCAUGAAACUUGGGAUGACAUUAUCUCUGAAGAUAGAGAAUGA